AUGGUAACAGCAAACAGCAGAGCAAAGUGCUCUAUUUGUAACAAAGCGAAUGCAACAUGUCUUUGCUCAGGAUGUUCCAAAGAUUUUUGUUUUCAACAUUUAACAGAACAUCGACAAAUUCUUGAUAAACAAUUAAACGAAAUUAUCAAUGAUCAUGAUCAGUUUCAACAAACAAUUAUUCAACAAAAACAAAAUCCACUAAAUUCUUCUUUAGUUCAACAAAUCAAUCAAUGGGAAACAAAUUCAAUUGAAACGAUUCAGCAAACAGCUCAACAAUGUCGAGAAACACUGAUGAAACUAACACAAAAAUCGAUCAAUGAUGUCGAAAAAAAGUUUCGUGAAUUAUCUAAGAAAUUAAAAGAAAUUCGUCAAGAAAAUGAAUUUAAUGAAAUUGAUUUAAAUCAUUUUCAAUUAAAAUUAACACAAAUGACAAAAGAAUUUCUUCAACGAUCAAAUAUUACUAUUCGACAAGAUUCACAAGAAUUUAUCGAGAAAAUCUCAGUUAUUUCAUCUUUCAAACAAAUUCAAACAAAAAAGAAUAAAUAUCAACAAUCUGGAAUUACUGUUGCUGGAGGAAAUGAAAAUGGAAAGGAAUUAUAUCAACUCUCUUACCCUCAAGGGAUCUUUAUUGAUAAUGAUAAAUCUAUUUAUAUUGCUGAUUCUAAUAAUCAUCGUAUUGUCAAAUGGCAAUUGAAUUCAAAUAUUGGUCAAAUCAUUGCAGGUGGAAAUGGAAAAGGAAAUCAAAAUAAUCAAUUGAAAUAUCCAAGAAAUAUAGUUUAUGAUAAAGAAAAUAAUUCUUUUCUUAUUUCUGAUCGUGGAAACGGACGAGUAAUUCGAUAUUUUGAUCAAAAUCCAGUAAAUCAACAAACUAUUAUUUCAAAUAUGAAUUGUUUUGGUCUAACAAUCGAUAAAAAUGGAUUUAUUUAUGUUUCUAAUUGGGAGAAUCAUGAAGUUAGACGAUAUCAACAAGGAGAUGAAAAAGGUGAAUUAGUUGCAGGUGGAAAUCGUAAAGGAAAUCAUCUUAAUCAACUCAAUAAUCCUACUUAUAUCUUUAUUGAUGAUGAUUAUUCUCUUUAUAUAUCAGAUACAGACAAUCAUCGUGUUAUGAAAUGGGAAAAAGAUGCAAAAGAAGGAAUUAUUGUUGCUGGUGGAAUAGGUGAAGGAAGCAGUCUCGAUCAAUUGUCUUAUCCUGCGGGAGUAAUUGUUGAUCAUUUAGGUCAGAUCUAUGUGGCAGAUCCUGAUAAUCAUCGAGUAAUACGUUGGUGUGAAGGAGAUAAAGAAGGUGAAAUUGUUGUUGGUGGAAAUCAUUGUGGAAGUCAAUCAAAUGAAUUGUAUUUUCCCACAGGUUUAUCAUUUGAUAAUGAAGAAAAUCUUUAUGUUGCUGAUUGUCAUAAUCAUCGAAUCCAAAAAUAUCAAAAAAUUUUAAAUUAA